AUGGCGUUCUUUUCUGCAGUGUCCUCCUCGAUCGGCAAGAAACUUUUGCUGUUCGGUCUUCGGCAUAUCGAUAUCCUCGACAAAGAUCCGGCCGAGUUUGUUAGUGUCGAUGUCGGCAAGAAGACUACGCUCGAAGUGAGGGAUGUCGGGCUCCGUGUUAAGAAACUCAUAGCUCUUCUUCAUCUUACGCUGCCGCCGGAAGUCCACCUCUCCAGAGCUCGAGCCUCGCUUCUCCGCGUAACCUUCGUCCUCGACUUCGGUGUACCACAAAUUAUAAUCGAGAUAGACGGCAUUCAGGUCCAUGCUAGAUUGCAGGAAGCAGAUGCAAAUUUGAGCCCCCGCGGGAAAGAACCAUCCCCACCCCGGGCGCGGUCUCCGCUUCGCAGGCGGCCAUUGUCCCCUCCCCCACCCGCAGACAAUUUGAGCGAGUACUCGUCAGGGGACGAAGAGGAACAUAUUCCGACUGUAGAGGAUCUUGCGAAGUCUUUCAUCAGAGAAGAGCCGGAGGCCGAGAUUCGGGAGCUCGAGCAAGAAUUGGAGUCUCAGUCCGCAUAUCUACAAGAGUCGGUCUCUUCAAGCGAUGAUGGGGAUGAUGAGAGCACCGCAGGUAUGGGAGCUCCGUUGGCUCUUCCUGCAUAUCUUCGGAACAUUCUCAAUACAGCGCUGGAUCGUCUGAAAAUCAUCAUCAAUAACGUCGAUAUCGAAGUCCAGGAUCAGUUCCCCUCAGACGCCUCAAAUGCAUCCAAGGAAGACGACGAUCCCCAUGUGGCGCUGAAUUUUCAUGUCGGCCGCAUUGCCAUCGACUCAGUGACUGCUAGCCCCCGGGUAGAUAUCGAAACUCUCCCGAACCCGGAGCGAGGAUCGUCGUCGAAAAUCGGAAAGCGUCGAAUGCGAGUCGAGAACGUCUUUGCCCGACUGAUAUCGGAUGCAGACAAUUUUGUCUCAAUGUCGAGGAUCUCCAGGUCCACUUCUCCGGCAGACACUCGCUCUGAGGUCUCUUCAAGCCAGAAGAGCCAGAGUGAGCCAUCAAUUAGUCACGCAUCCGUCCGCCGUGAAUUCGAGUCUGCUCCUGUCCCAGAAGAUGACGUCGUAUCGCCCCAAGCUUCGAUACAUGAUCUUCCUUCGAUUCGUGAUCUGAGCCCAGUCGCAGACCCGCAACCCGAAGCGUCCUCUGUACAUAGGAUCCCGCUUGCCUCAUCUAUCCAUACCAUAGAUGAUGACAGAUUUGCAGAUGCUACUUCAGAUGAUGGUAUGGACCGCAGUGCGACGAUGGACGAAUCGCAGGCCUCCCUACCUGCUCCCGAUAUGAGUGCGAGUAGCAUACUGUACGACGAUGAAGGCCUCCUAGAUUACGCUGCGCAGAACAAUCUUCUCGAUUCUCGGGUUGAUGAUCCACAUAACAGUAGACAUUUCUCCGAGGAGGGCUCGAAUUUGUGGGGCAUGGAUGGCGCCAGUUCAAGUCGCCAAGAGAGGCACCCUCCUUCCCAAAGCGCAUCUGCAACCUCUCAGUUGCUCUCUGUGUCUGCGCUUGGACAGGAACCAGCGUCUGCAAUACCCAACGACAACUCACCGUCGCAAUCUAGGAUAUCAGAGCAUCCCUGGACAGACAACCUGGAUCACGCACGGCAUCAUCUCCAAGAGGAGCAUAGCCCGGAGCAAAGCACACGUAAUUCGUCUACUGGUCGUAGCAGCCAUUCUCGCCAGGAGGAAGAUCUCAGCGAAUCCAAAAUCUUCUCUCAUGAUGAUGCGGAAAGCAUGUACAUGAGUGCAUUGAGCGCUGCACCAUCCGACAGCAGCCAUCGCCCCGAUAUACCAGGGGGCUGGGAUUCUUCAUCAUCGGCAUCAAGCCGCGACACCGAGCCUGAUACGUCUGGUCCGAUCCCGGAAGCCAUGGUUGCCAGCAGCAUUCUGCGGCCUCAAGCGGAGGCUGACGAUGGCUGUGAAACGCCACGUCCUGGAAGUCGACAAAGCAUGUUCUCCUCCCCGCAUGAAACUGGUCGAGCAUCCGCACCGGACCAUGUCAAGCGCUCUCUAGGGUCAGAAGAUAAACUCCCUCUGAGGCUCGCCAAGCUUUUCUUAACCGUGGACGAAAUAACCGUGUGGUUCCCGCUAGGACUCGGCGAAGAGCAACCGCGAGAUGAAACUACUGGGCCGACCCCUGAAGAGUCUGGGUUUGAUUUUAGACCUCCGAAUCUGGCGGAUGAUUCAAUUUUUCAAGAAAUGCCCGGCGCUUUCUCCAGUUAUGCGCACUCGACGUCGCUGAGGAAAGCUUCCCUUGAAGAAGCCGCGCGAAGGCGUCCGAACCUACGAUCCCCCCCGGUGGAGAAACUCAUGUCUACGCCUCCUAAACCUACCUCCCAAGAACAGUCCGCAGCCGUUAGCAUUGAAGUUGGCACAGUUGUUAGCCACAUCGACCUUGCAACGGGACGGAUUAUGUUCCAGAUGCUCAACCGAGCUUUAACGGCCCUGACUAGCCAGGUUACCCAAGGAAAGGAGUCUGUAGAGACACGGGAUGCCUCGGUAGGAAGCAAGACUCGAUUUAACUUUGAGCUUUCGGUUAAGCGCUUCGGUAUCGCUUGGUUUCAGCGGCUUUUUGCCGAAUCCAUAGCGGAAGGCACGGCAUCUUAUACCGCGCUUGAUCCGAGCUCGCACGACUCUAUCCUUAGAAUUGGUCUCUCCUCAAUUCAUGUGGCAAGCCAAAGCGGACCAGAAAAAACCCGCACCAAGCUAGAGAUCGGGAAGUUUGUACUCUCCUCUCUCGAUCAGGAUAUCAUUGCUUUCCAGAGCCCGCGCCCAAAGUCCCGGAGAACUGUCGGCAACGCCCCAGAGCAAUUAAUGAAUGACGUGGAGAUCGAUUAUGAGCAAGCAAAGGACCGUCGUAUCACUGUCGUCACACGCCCCGUCAAGGUCAUGUUCGACAUGCAGAAACUUGACGAAGCACUGGGUUCUUUCGGAGGAUUCAGCGGUGUCCUGGAGUUGAGCAAUUCCAUUACUUCGAACACGAUGAACAGCCCGGUGCUCUCACCCACGCCGCCUCGGCCUCGCGGCGUGCAUUUCAGAGACACACCAGCACCUGUCCCUCAGGCUAGUCAAUCCAGCCUCCCGAAGAUCCAUGUUCAGUUCGGCGAAGUUACGUUCGUGCUCAAGGGAAAGAGCUGUGCCAUGCAACUCCAGACAACGUCGGUCCGCUUGGCGGUUCGAGAAAGCAAUUUACGCCUGAAAGUGUCAGAGGUGCAACUUUCUGGGCCAUACGUAGAGCAGUCUCAGAUCGAAGCUCCCCUCAUGAUCGAAGUCAAAAAUACGACCGUGAACUUCCUUUUCACACCAGAGGAAGUAGACUUAACGAGGCUUAUCUCCAUGAUCACCCCUUCCAAGGACCCGUACGAGAACGACGAGGACAUACUCAUCGAUACUCUACUUCGUCAACGCCGAAAAGGAUCUGUUUUUCGCGCAGAAGUGGGUAGUGUUGGAGUGCGCGUCUCUGACAUCGCGCAGUUGAAGACACUAGAAGCACUGGGUGCGGAGCUCGCAAAGCUGUCCAAAGUCACAAAGUAUCUGCCGGAUGAUGAUCGCCCUGGCAUCCUUACCCUUGCGAUGGUACAGCAACUCGACGUCAGCGCAAUGAUCAAUGAACGGUUGGGAGAUGUGUCCGCCUCGGUCAAAGAUGCAUCGAUCGCGCAUGUGGGCGUCCCGGCACUCUUCGCGGCUGAAGUUGGGAAAGCUGCCGUCCACCGAGGUGAUGAGGUUUUGGUUCACGAAGUCGUUAGGCUACGUGCGCAGGAUCAGCUACCCAUGAUCAUGAUGCGGAUCAUUGGGGAUGAAAUGGAACCUGUGGUCAAGGCGAAGCUCUUCAAUCUUUGCACGGAGUAUCGCGUUUCGACGAUAAUGGCUGCGCUGGGCAUCUCCGACGAUGGCACCGUUGAUGACAUUGCCCUUGGCCUCGCGUCUUCCGUCGCCACAAUUACAGGAGCGUCGUCACCGAAGAGCCUGAGCAGGCAGAGCUCUGCAUCGGCUUCCCCGUCAUCAAAUAGCGCGAAACCUCUGCACAUCGACCUCCUCCUCAGAAGCUGUGCACUUGGGCUGAAUCCUCGAAAGUUCCCUGCGAAAGGCCUCUUUGUCCUCACCGACGCGCAUUUUCUAGGAAAGCAAUCCAAGAGGAUGGAUUAUUCGAUUGAGGUCGAACUUCGUAAAGCCUCCAUCCAUGCUAUCGACGAUGUUGCGCGACUUGAGGAGAAACGACAGUCAAUUUUGCCUUCGUCCGGUACCACGCCCUCACAUCGACAUCUGCAAGAGCUACAUGAGCUCGGGUACGUGUCUCUCAGCUCCAUAUCCGCGGCGAAGGUGCUGGUUAGCAUUCAAGGAGAUGGGAAAGAUCAGCCUCAGCUAGUGGACGUGGAGUUUAAAAACGAGCUCUUCGUUCUUGAGUCCUGCGCAGAUUCGACCCAAACUCUUAUUGCGGUCUUGAAUGGGCUACAACCACCAACCCCACCGUCGACGGCCGAGCGGUAUCGGACUAUAGUUCCAUUGCAGCAGAUGAUGCAGUCUUUCUCGGGAGAUGCCAUUUCCGCACCGGAGGGUGGGGAGGAUGACAAUUUCAUGGAGAACGCCGACCUUGUUCCGGAUGAAGUGCCGACGAACCUUGAGUUUGUAGGCAGUUUCUACAAUCAAGAGUCGCUUCCGACCGAAGAGGAACUCGGAGACAGCAUGCUCGGCGAGGACGACCUUGGAGCUUUAGCAACGCCGCCGGUCAUACGUCAGCGCGGCGACCGAGGCCUCUUGGAGAGCUUCCAGGAGCAGUACGAAGUUGCUGAGGGCGAGCAGGAGUUCGACUUUAAUGAGGACUACUUCAAGGACUCAGACUCCGAACACAAAGGCAAGGCUCGGAAAUGGGACUCAACAAAGAAUCAGUACCACCUCACCAACGAGUUCAAGGUGCCAAAUGCUCCUCUCAAGGUCCGUAUUCGCGAUAUGAACAUUAUAUGGAACCUCUUCGACGGCUAUGACUGGCCGCGAACGCGCAGCAUUAUCGCUCAAGCCGUUGAUGACGUGGAAGCCCGGGCCGAGGAGCGACGACGGAAGCCUCGAGAAGAAGAUGAAGACGACGAUUUUGUUGAGGAAGAUUUCCUCUUCAACUCCGUCUGGAUAGGUGUUCCUAUCAAGGACGAGAAAGGCGCACUUGCACGACAGAUCAACCGGGAUAUCGACGACCAGGUGAGCGAAACUGGGAGUUAUGCUACGUCGACGGCCACUCGAUCCACUGGCGCCACAGUUCGACCUCGUAGCAUAACGAAGUCUAGACGGCGGUUGAAAUUAGAACGCAGCAAGCACAAAAAAAUUGCCUUUCAGCUAAUGGGCGUUGCUGUGGAUCUCGUGGUUUAUCCUCCUGAUACGGGCGAGACGGUCAACUCUGUUGAUGUCAGGGUUCAGGAUUUCGAGAUCUAUGACCAUGUUCCUAGCUCGACCUGGAAGAAGUUCGUCACAUGUCUCAUCGAGCCCAGCCAGCGCGAGAUGAACCGUCCCAUGAUCGACCUCGAGCUCCUGACGGUAAAGCCGGUCACGGAUCUGGCUGCGUCUGAACUAGUGAUUAGGGUAACCGUCCUCCCUCUUCGUCUGCAUGUGGAUCAGGAUGCGCUCGACUUCAUUACGCGCUUCUUCGAAUUCAAGGACGACACCGCCCUAGACAGUUCCACGCCGUCUGAGCAACCAUUCAUUCAGCGUCUUGAGGUGAACGCUGUGACACUCAAGCUUGACUACAAGCCCAAGAGGGUUGAUUAUCGCGGCCUGCGCUCGGGCCACACGACUGAAUUCAUGAACUUCUUGAUCUUGGAUGGUUCAGACAUUAUCCUUCGCCAUGCCAUUGUCUACGGUAUCACCUCAUUCGAUAAGCUUCAUAAGACAUUGAACGAUGUCUGGAUGCCCGACGUCAAGCGCAAUCAGCUACCCGGCGUUCUGUCUGGCCUUGCAGCUGUUCGGCCACUCGUCAACGUGGGUUCUGGCGUCCGCGAUCUCGUCGUGGUCCCCAUGCGCGAAUACAAGAAAGACGGUCGGAUAGUCCGUAGCCUCCAGAAAGGCGUCUAUGCCUUUGCCACAAACACCACGUCUGAAGUUGCGCGUCUGGGCGCUAAAGUCGCCAUUGGAGCACAGAAUAUCCUAGAAGGAGCAGAGAAGUUCCUCAAUCCGGAUCAAGCAUCACCUGGCCGUGGAUCUUCUAUCGGCCACCACGACUGGGAUGGCGAAGAUCCCUCAUGCUCGGAUUCUGAAGAGCCCCGCGCUGUAUCGAACUAUGCACACCAGCCCAUUGGCGUGCGUGUCGGUCUUCGGAGCGCUGCACGCUCUCUGGAACGGGAUCUGCUCACUGCCCGCGACGCGGUAAUAGCAAUACCGUCGGAGGUUAUGGAGACGGGUACGGGUGCCGGCAUGGCGAAGGCUAUUGCUCGGAGGGCACCUACGAUUAUUCUGAGACCGGCUAUCGGAACUACAAAGGCCGUUUCAAACGCCCUGUUGGGCGUCGGUAAUGCCUUGGAUGCGCAGAGUCGGCGGAAGAUUGACGACAAAUACAAGUCGUACUAG